UGUGUUGUGAAAGACCAACAAAUCUCUGAUGAUGGUGACAAGAAUAAAAAAAAAGUUGUCAUCAAUUCACUGGAUCAUGACUCGUUAGCAAAAAUCUUUAUGCUGUUGCCAAUACCAGAACGGAUAGAAAUGGAAAAAGUUUGUACCAAAUGGAAAGAGGCAUGUCAACUAGCUUGGUAUGACAUUAAAAAAUACAAAUGUGAAUCAUCAAUUGGACGUUCUUAUGAUAACCGUUUGUUGACACAAUCAUACCUUAAAAAAAUAUUAUUAAGAUGUGGCAAUUAUCUAAAAGAAUUGUCUCUCUCAGAUAUUUUCGAUUCAAGUAUCAUGCCAUUUGUUGGUGACCACUGUAACAAUUUAACAUCCUUGGAAUGUAAAUUUGAUGAUAAUAUCUUAAUUGAUAAUACUGAACACUUUGUUCAAGCAUAUACACAAUUGGAUAAAUUAAAAUGCAUUAAAAUGUUACUGGACCAGACGACAGCGGAAAAAGCAGUUAAUCUAUUUGAAAUAAUUAAUAGUCUUCCAGAAAAAAUUAAUGAAAUUCAUAUACUUUAUGAAUAUUGGUUUCAUUGUGAACGAGCAGUUCUUUUUACUUUAAAAAGAUUCAAAAAUCUUCAAAAACUGACUUUGCAUGGCUUCUGCGUAGACGAGCUAAUUCUUCAAGAAAUAGCAGAAGCAACAACACUUGUUCAUCUUAAAAUUGAAUUCUAUAAUACACACAUAAUGUUUCCUCUAUUCAAUAAACUCGUUAAUUUGGAAUAUAUUGAAGUAGAGAUUCAAAGAGCCGGUAAAAAGACGAAAGGCUCUACAAAAGUACUCAACACUAUUUUUUGUAAAUGCAAAAAUCUAAAACAUCUUGAUAUUUCAAAUUACUUUUAUGAUCUUGCUAAAAUUCCUUUAGAAGAAUGGAAAAACUUUAAAAAUUUAGAAUAUCUUACUUUAUCUUGUUAUGAAGUAUCACCUGACUUAGCAGAUACAAUUGUUGAAUAUUGCAAAAAUUUAAAACACUUGUGCGUGAAACCUGUACGCGAUAUUAUAAAAGCAAAUGUUGUAAAAAAGUUAUCAAAAUUGGAAAAUCUUGAAAGUUUAGAGAUGAAUAAUAGUUGCCAGCUCAGUGAGGAGGCAAUAAUCUCAAUUUCAGACAAUUGUAAAAAACUUGAACGUUUAGAACUUGAUGGUUGCACUAUAUUAUCAACUAUUGAUGGUGAGGAACUUUCUUCUCCAUCUGUUUUAAAUGAGUUAUCAAAAUUACAAUAUCUUGAACAUCUAAGCUUGAAUGAUGUAGAAAAUAUUGAUGAUCAUACAAUUCUUGCUAUUGCUAAUUAUUGUAAAAACCUAAAAAGUUUAGGUAUCCAAGGAGGCAGUACGAUUUCUGAAACAGCUCUCGUUGCUUUGACAAAUUUAGAAAAAUUGGAAAUACUAAACGUAGGUUCUCGUGAUAUUUCAGACAACUUCAUUAUCAGGUUAAAAGGAUUAAAAAAAUUUAAUUGUGAUAAUUGCGAAAAACUUACUGAUGUUGGUGUUAUUCAAUUUAUAAAAAAUAACCCAGAUCUUGAAAAUAUUUAUGUCAACGAUAUAGAUAAUAUUACAACUAACUUGGUUAGUGGUGCUGAUCAGGCGACUAAAAAUCGUACCACUGGUAUAAUUUUACACAUAGAAAUAAAUGAUUCGUCAAUAAUUGAAGCUUCUAAGUCAAUAGUUACAUCACAAUGGUUGACUGUUACUGAUUAGAGCAUAGAUCUAUCUAGAUCUCUUCUUCAAAUUAAUUUAAAUUUAUCGUAUAUCUUUCUUAUUUGAUCCGCUUAAUGUCUUUCUAUAAUGUAUUUUUACAAACACAUACAAAA